UGUGUGUGUGUGUGUGAUUAACUAACAGUCGUUCUGUCUAUUUUGAACUUUCUCUGUCUUUUGCGUACCUGACUGUUUUGGAAUAAUAUGUCCUCUUGCUGAAGUCUGGUGCUGAAACUGUAUAGUAGGAAAUUGUAGAGGGAUGCCGGACGGUCUUCUGCGCGUGUUUGUGUUGGUGGCAGGCCUGCUCCUCCCUAAGGAGCACACGGACAUUCUGGAACACAGUGAUGACCUCACAAUGGGAAUGCAGGAACGCGAAGGGGUGCUGCAGAGGGAGCGAGAUAGGCUCGAGCACGAGCUGGUGCAUCAUCAGGACCAGAAAACCGAUGAUUUCCCCCAACCAUUGGAUCCGAACAUGGAACUGAACAUUACAGAUCAGUCUGGGCAUGACAUGCAGCACACAGUGGAUACAGCAAGCUUUUCAGCAGAACCUGAGGAGGGGAAAGAGACUGAGGAAGAGACGAACAGAGAGUUGGAGUCUGCAGACCAGGACAUUUCACAAGGGGAAGAUACUCUCCAGCUCAAAGAAGAGCAGUCUGAGCCUGCAGCCCAGGACGUUUCCCAAGGGGAAGACACUCUUCAGCUGAAGGAGGAGGAGCCAGCAGUGGGUGUCAUUGAGGAGGAGGUGGAGGAGGGUGACCAUCAGUCUAGUAAGCCUGAAGACCACGACUUUUCGCAGGAAGCUUCACCACUUGAGGAAGAGGAGGAUACAUUAGAAAGUCUGAGUGAGGAAGAGGAUGGGUCAUCAGUGAGUCUUGGUAAGGAAGAAGAGGAGGAAAAGGAGGAGGAAAUGACUGAACAGUCUAGUAAGCCAGAAGACCAGAACGUUUCCCAAAGAGCUCAACAGCAUGAAGAAGAGGGGGACCCACUAGAUGGUCUCAGUGAUCAGCUCCCACCUCAGGAGGAAGUGACUUCAUCAGACCAUCAGGGCCCUGUAACAGCUGAGGUGUCAACGGCAGCAAUUGCAGAGGAGGAAUAUGACAACACGGUCAAAACUAUACCCCCUGACUAUGUAGUGAAAGAGCAACCACCUCACAAUGACUUGCAUCCUGAGGUGAAUGAACUUUUUGACAAUGUGGAGGCACCAGCAGUAGAGGGCAAUGAGCAACCAUUUCACCAUGGUGGCAAAGAGUUCAAGGUCAACGCAGAACAUGAACAUGAACAUUCUCAUGAUGUAGAGACACAGGAGAACGUGGUAGUUAAUGAUGACAGUGGAAAGCAGAAACAUAUGACACGACCAAGCAUCAAGUCAAAACAGCAAACACCCUCAGGUAGUGAUUACAUGUGGUAUCUCUACAAUGCCUACUCUGUCAUCUCUAUUAUCUGCCUCAUUGUCGGAUAUCUACGUCCUCGCGCUUCACGGGAUCAGGAAGUGGCCAGAGAAGCUCCCUCAAAACAACAACAUGCCCUUCUCCUCUGUGACCCCAAGGUCACAAACCCCAUCCCCAUCCCAGCCAAGAUCCAUGUCCCAGAUCAGGCCACUCUCACUGGCUUCUAUGAACGCUACGUCCGUGUCCCGCCCAACGAGAGCCAGAGGGUGCAGGAGUUCGUCGAAGGGUUCGCGGACGACCUGCUCGCAGUCAUGAGGGAAACGUCCGGCGGCGGUACGGGGGCAGAGGAAGGAGACCUGGAAGUGGAGGACUUUGUGGAGGUGGGCAGCCUUUACGAGUCCUGGGCGGCCGGAAGGCCCUUGACCUGUGACCUCUGGGUGACCUUGACCCCUCGCAGGCCGUACAGCUUUCAGGUGGAGCCUCUGUCGACGGAAAAGCGGAAGAAAGGUGGCAGGAAGGGAGCAUCCUCCAUUGACCUUGACCUUCUUAAUGGCUACUACAGGAGAGUGAGGGUGCUGAAAGGGGGACGGGGAAGUGUGACAAACGGAUGUCCGUGCAGUCAGACUGGUAGCGACAACGACAUAAUGUGUCUGCUCCACACAAACGACCAGAGGGAGGAUGAAAAGGAAGCAGUCGCAGUCGACGCCAUCAACGGGCCACUUUGCUGCGACGACACCCCUUACCUGUCCAGAGUCGCCGUAGCCAAGUGGUUCCGGUCGGCCGUUCGGAACGCAUGGGAGCAGACGUCACACAAGUAUGAGCUGGAGCUGUCGUUCCAAAGCUGGGAAUCUCUGUCGGUGAUGAGGGUUCGCUUCCGUUCCGGCAAGGCGAUCCAUUUCACCCUCACGCCUGUGGUGCGGAUUAAAGACACAGACGUUUGUUUGGUGUCCUGCCUGGGCCCAAAGAAGGAACCGGACAGUGCGCCGGAUGCCCAGUGGCCCGUCUCGUUCGCCCGCUACGAGAGGAGCCUGCUGAGGUACCUCGGAAAACGCCUUCCGCAAAACGCCUGCCACCUCCGCUGCCUGCAGACCCUGUCCUUCCUGAACAAGAAACAGACGGAGCUGUCGGGCCUCUCAGGCCUCUCUAGCCACCACCUGAAGACCGUCCUGCUCCACCUGCUGCUGCAGACACACCAGCAGCAGCAGCCUGCAGCAAUGGGGGGUUGGGGCUCGGAGCACUUCGCCGAAAGGCUGCGUGAGGCGUUGGACUUCCUCAAGACGAGCCUCCAGAACAGGUGGCUUGGUCACACGCUCGUCGGCAACCCUCUGGUUCCCCCAGAGGUCGGGCUUCCGGCACACUGGGGUCGGUCAGAGCCCCUGAAUGUGCUACGGCCCCUCUUGAUGAGUCAAGGUCAGGGUCAAGGUCAGGGUCAUUAUCAUCAACAGCAGCAUCACUAUGCCAAGAUGGGGAAGCACCUUGAGGAGAUGCUGAAGAACAUGCCUGUGCUGAUAAAGGAGUACAUGGACCAAGGCGGAAAGUCAAGGGUUGAGCCCAGCUCAUAAAACGAAAUGUGAUAAAGAUGUAAAUAAUAAUAAUAAUAGAGCUGGUUAGGGUUUUGCAGAAGAUAGAUGAUAAAAACAGAAAACAUUCAGCAUUUGCUCUUUGUUUAAGAUAUGUGGAAGUAUUCUUAGUUGAACCUUGGAGGUCAACCGGAGGUUGUCAAUAGGAUUUUGAGGUAUUCCCAGUUUGACCUUGGUGGUCAACUAGAAUUCACUGAGGUCAUCAGUAGGAUACCUCCAUGCAUUGAAUGAAAAUGUGGGUAUUUUAGGAGCUAAAUGUGAUAUAGAUAUAAAUAGAUAUAUAUAUAAAAAUGUGACAGUGCAGCACCUUGACUCUAUGUAAUGCAG